GAGCCUACUUCCGGGUGCAAGGCUGCUGGGGAGAGAGCAGAGCGGGGAAGUUGGAAGCUGUUGAGGCGGCGCCGCGAUGUUUCGUAUUGAGGGCCUCGCGCCGAAGUUGGACCCUGAGGAGAUGAAACGAAAGAUGCGCGAGGAUGUGAUUUCCUCCAUACGGAACUUCCUCAUCUAUGUGGCCCUGCUGCGAGUCACUCCUUUUAUCUUAAAGAAAUUGGACAGCAUAUAAAGAUUGGACUGCACAUGUGAAUGCAUGAUACGAAGAACCUGGUUAUAGUUUCUGCUCUGCAAAUGAACCUGCAAACGAAUAGGCCCAGAAAGAUGUAAGAGACUCUUUGACUGAAUGGACGUAAAACUUCUGCUUCUUACGAACAAGUUUGGUUGUGAUAACUGACCUUCGUAGCUAAAAUAGAAAACUAUUUGGGAAGUAUGAAAAGACAUUUCUUAUGCCUGUGAUAUUCAGCCUCCAUUAAUGUUGCUAUAAUUGUAAAUAAUGUCAAAUUCCAUUUUCUAGCAAGUAUUAAUUAUAUAAGAAUUUUGUCUGCAGUAGCCCUGUGUUGUCAGUCAUUUCUGUUGGCCUUUUUACUUCUGUCUGGAAUGCGUUCACUGAAGAGCUCCUCAUGAUUAGUUAUGUUUACGGAAGCCAGCACACAACCGCAACGGCAUUUAAGCACAGGACCAUUCGUCUAUAUUUUUAAUAAAUGUACCAAUUAAGAAAAA